UUUUGGGGGGUGUGGAACAAAAAUAUAUACUAGAAAUUUCUUUUUAUGUAUUUAUGCAUUUUUGUUUGGUAGUUUUCAUAACCAAGAUUUUACUAUAUCCUGGUUUUAAAAGAUGAUUCCUAAAAGGAGCUCUCACCACACCAUAGCAUAUUUUCCAUUACCAUUUUGCAUAAAAGGAGAGCUAUUUCUCACAACUGGGAGUUAUGGGAACAUUUUAUACAUAACACAUGGAGCAAAUAUAGCCUCAACUAAUAAGUUUCACUUUUCCGAAAUAAUGAGUGAGAAAGAUGGCAAUGCAGACAGCCUCUUUCUGAAAGAGGGCUCAGCCAAGGAUUUAAGCCAAGAAGGACGUGUUAACAAUUGGCAACAUGCUUUGAGGAAAAGAGCAUCGCGUACAGGCAAGCACAUUCAGGAGAUGACCUGGAAAAGACUCUGGGGAUUCCUCAGACGGAAUGCCUUUGUGAUACUCACCAUUGCAGCAGUGAUUCUGGGUAUUGUAUUGGCCUUUGCAUUGCGACCAUAUAAAAUGUCCUAUCGUCAGAUUAAAUACUUCUCCUUCCCGGGUGAGCUGCUUAUGCGGAUGCUGCAGAUGCUGGUCCUGCCCCUGAUUGUGUCCAGCCUGGUGACAGGAAUGGCAUCUUUGGACAGCAAGGCAUCAGGCAAGAUGGGAUUGCGAGCAGUGGUAUAUUAUACAGUAACCACAUUCAUCGCUGUCUUUAUUGGCAUAGUCAUGGUGAUCAUUAUCCACCCAGGAAAAGGCACCAAAGAGAACCUACAAUCCCAUGGAAAAAUUGAGAGAGUGCAGGCAACAGAUGCUAUCCUGGACCUAAUCAGGAAUAUGUUUCCUCCCAACUUAGUGGAAGCUUGUUUCAAACAGUACAAAACCCAGUACAAUACAAGAGUGUACAAAGUACAAGUGUCCACAGAUCAGAAUUACAGCAUAGCUACAGAACAGCUGAAUAUCAGCAGUAUUUUGGAGAAUGUGACUCAGGCAAUGGGAACACUACAAAAGAUGGUGGAACUGGAGGAAGUGGUGCCAAUCGCUGGAUCAGCAGGGGGUGUGAAUGCACUUGGUCUUGUGGUCUUUUCCAUGUGCUUUGGGCUGGUGAUUGGCAACAUGAAGGAACAAGGAAGAGCUCUUAAAGAAUUUUUUGACUGUCUCAAUGAGGCUAUAAUGAGGCUUGUAGCAAUUAUAAUAUGGUAUGCACCAAUUGGUAUUCUGUUCCUUAUUUCUGGGAAAAUUUUGGAGAUGGAUGAUCUGUUGGUGAUGGGAGGUCAGCUAGGCAUGUAUACAAUUACUGUUAUUGUAGGACUUCUUAUACAUGCAGUAGUAGUGCUUCCCCUGCUGUUUUUCAUUGUCACGCGAAGAAACCCAUGGCCAUUUAUUGGUGGGCUGCUCCAGGCUCUUAUAACUGCACUCGGGACAUCUUCAAGCUCUGCAACACUCCCCAUUACAUUUAAAUGUUUGGAGGAGAACAACGGUGUGGACAAGCGCGUUACAAGGUUUGUGCUGCCUGUGGGUGCCACAAUUAACAUGGAUGGAACUGCAUUAUAUGAGGCAUUGGCUGCAAUUUUCAUUGCACAAGUCAACAACUAUGAGCUAAACUUUGGACAGAUCAUUACUAUCAGUAUCACAGCUACUGCAGCCAGUAUUGGAGCAGCCGGCAUCCCUCAGGCUGGACUGGUUACCAUGGUGAUUGUCCUUACAUCAGUGGGGCUCCCCACAGAGGAUAUCACUCUUAUUAUUGCUGUGGAUUGGUUUCUCGACCGUCUCCGAACAACAACCAAUGUACUUGGAGAUUCUCUAGGGGCCGGUAUCGUUGAGCAUCUCUCCAGACAUGAACUAAAGAAGCAAGAUGCUGAGAUGGGUAACUCUGUUCUAGAGGAAUGUGAGAAACCUUACCAGCUCAUCUGUACUGAAAAUGACAUCCAGAAGCACCCCAACUGUGAGACAUCCAUGUGAAGGCAUGUACUGUUAUUGGUUUCUGCUGAACACUGAUCUAUUCAGGUCAUUUUAACCAUUGUACAUCUGAACCAGUCUAUCCAUGCACUGUUUCUGAGUGCUUUUGAAAAAAAUCUCUUUUUAAGGAGAAGAUUAAAAAUUGACGAUACUUGUGGAAGAGUUUGGAUAUUAAAGAAAUAUCCACAUGUGCAAUAGUACAAAAAAUUGGUCAUAAAAUGUAUUGAAUUCAUUGCAAUUAGGAGACAUCAAGGUAUGGUACUAGCAUGACCCUCUUGUCAACUGCAGAUACAACAAAUGGAUGCCAAGAGAAGUUUUAUCAUAUAUAUAGAAAGUAUAGAAAGUGUCUCUUGCUCUUGUGCAUAAAAAAAUCAUAUUAGUGUAACACUUAAAUGUUAAGGCCUCUCUACUUCAUCUUAAUAUUUUUGUGAUUGAAAAUUCCAAGCAUUGAAUAUUUUCUGUGUAUGGAGAAAUGGUUUAUUUAAUGGCAGCUAUCUUUACCAAUCAAAAUGUGUUGACCAAUCAUGUCUACUUUAUAUUAUUUUCAACAAAUCUCUUUUGCAUGAAUACUUUGUAUUAUGUUUUUGUGAUGCAACAGGAAAUUGUUGCGCUAUUAUGAAAAGAGUCGAUAAUCAUAUAAACAAUGUAUGAAUUACAUCUGGAGCCUCUAUCUGAACUAGAGGUGGAAUACAAAAUGCCUGUUUUAGUUCCUGUCUGAGAUUACAGUACAUUUCCACACACAGUGGCAAGAACAGUGCUGCUUUCUUAACAUUUAAUUACUGCAAGUGGAAUACUCAAAAACAUGCUUAAAUUGUUAAGAUUUUACUGAAGUCUGCUAAAUAUGACAAAAACCAAAACAAGUAUAACUAUGUUGUGGAUUAAAGCCAUAGAUUAAUGUUGGCCUUAUAUAGGAUAUUAAGGAUGAUUCCUGUUUUAAUGUUGAGGCCACACUGAUUAUUGUGCUUAAUGGAAGCUGAUACCCACAAACCUCAUAUGGUAAGUGGUAUUUAAUUUCUUUUUUAUUUAAUGUUCAGUGACUAUAGCUCAUGCUACAAAGAGAGACCGAUUAAUCACCAUAUCUGUGUCAAUUAAUAUGAACAAAGUUUUCAACCUUUUUUGGCUCGGGUUUCCUCCCACCCACCAUAAAAAAAACAUACAGGCAAGUAUAAUGGCUCCUGGUUAAACUGACCCAAGCAUAUGUUGUGUGAAUGUGAAAUGGACUUGGAAUGUGACAUGAACAUGGUUUGUAAGCUCAGCUGGGGCAGAAACUGGAAAAUGAAGAGUAACAUGUUGGUACUAUAUAAAAUAUAAUAAUUAUCCAUGGGAACAGUGCUGCAAAUGAACAAAUUACAUUAGAAAUAGGCAAAUGCUUGCUAGAUUGUGCCAAAUGAUAACUAAUAAUCUAAACAUCUCUAAAAUUUGGGGCUUUCCCUUUUUAUUUAAUAAGCCAAAAUGCAAAUCCAAAAGAUAUUCUGAUCUUCUAAAAUCUAUAACUGGUCAAAUUUACUUAAAGGGGUUGUUCACCUUUUAAUUAACUUUUAGUAUGAUGUAGAAAUUGAUUCUAAAAUCAUUUUCAAUUGGUCUUCAUUUUUUUUGUAUGGCUUUCAGUUAUUUAGCUUUUUGUUCAGCAGCUAUCUGUUUUCUAGGGUUACCGUUAAAGGUAAACCACCCCUUUCAACUGUAUUAGGUUAUAUGUAUUUCUAUUACCAAUGCCCAAUGGAAUGCUCCAGUCAACCUGAAUCAGACAAUAAAUGACAUACCUUAUACAUAGGAAUUAUUUUAUCUACCCAUCAGUAUAGUAGUCCUGCGAUAGAGAGGAUUUGUGGUUGCUGUGGUUGACAGCACAGCACAUGCCCAGUGCCAGAUACUCAAUAUGUUAUAUAAUCAAUAGGUUUUAGCUGUUAUAAACUACCACCCCCAUCUUUGGGGCACUAAUGAUGCUGUUUAGUAACAUUAAAUGGCUAGAAAAUAAUGGAUGUGCUUACUCAAUAAGGCACAUUGAUGAACUGGAUAAAUCUAAUACUAGACAAAAUUCUACUUUGGAUAUUUCUAUAUAUGUACAUAAAUAUUUUAGCCUUCAUGUGAUUUUGUGGUAAAUAUGGGAAAUAUUUAUUUGUUGGUCUUAGAAAUAUAAAUGAAAGUGGUGUUAAAUGUACAUUCAGGGUUUAAUCAGUGGUUCACAAGUUGUAUUUCUCCAGGUGACUAAGUAAAUUACCCAGGCUAUACUGCUUUUUUCUAAUCUAGAACAAUGGUUGUCAGACCCCAGCUGUACACAUUUACAUUAUGUCUAUAUACAAUAGACAUAAAUAGGAAAAUAUUCUCUGGACCUUUAGUGAAUUAGUAAAUAUGUAGCACAGGAGCAGUGUUUUUGUGGAGGCUACAUAUGUGACCUUGUGUGUUCUAGUGUCAGGCAAAAUCUACUUCCACCCUUGAAUUAAAGCAAGUAAGCCACGCCAUUAUUCCACAGGACUCCCGACAAGGCUACAACAAAAUGCUGACCUAGUGGGAUGAGAAACACUGAUAUAGGAAUAACCGGGGUAAUUUGUUACCAACAAUCCUCUUUGGGAACUGAGCUGGUAUUCACUGAGUUAUCUAUCUGGUUGAAAUGAUUAUGUUGUGCAAUGAGAUUGAUAUUUUACACAGAUACUUGAAAUUAUGAUAGAUGUUGAAAUACUGGUGGUGUUUUGUUUGUUUUUUAAAUCUCGUUACUUUUACAUUUUCUUUUCAUAUUUGACAUGGCAAAAAAAUAUUUUUAUCUUGUUCCUCUCUUGAUGUAUCCUAGGCAUUACCCACAGUAUGCAACAAUAAAUGUGAAAGUGAUGGGAUUGGGAUGGGAUUUCCUAGGCCUGUUGUCAUAUUGAUCAGUGUUUAAGUAAUCAGUGGGAAGUUUUUGGUUGUGCUUUUUCAAGCUGUGAAAUGUUUCUUUAUCGUGGGCCUAUGAAUAAAGCCUUUGAGUGGCAACUAUGUGGCUGCUAAGAUGACCUAUAAACAGUAGAACUGACACUCUUAUGUUAUGUGGCACGUCAUUCAUAUUUAAUAUGUUACCAAAAGUGUCAGUAGCUGUUACUUUGACCCAUUUUGUGAAUUCCAUGCUGUGAAAUGUGGCCUGUAUAUAAAAUUCAGGGGCAGAUUUAUCCCACCUAUAGGUUUCAUUUUUUUUAUAUACUUCUAAAAAAUUUUUCACAAUGAGGCCUAUGGACAAAAACACUUUUGAGUCUACUCAGUUAAAUGUGGUGGAAAGUUGCGAAACACUUAUCACAAAACUCGGGCAACGUGAUCAUUGAUAAAUCUGCCCCUAUAUGUAUGCAUAGUCAAUAGCUUGUUCUUAAUUCAAUUUCAGAUUUUUUUUUGUAUUCUUUUAAACUCUUGUGUUUUUAGUGAGAUGCUUUGUUGUUACAACUGUUUGUGACCUGGUUAAACUUGUCAAAUUAAAUCUUAUUUGAUUGCUUA